AUGGCCUGGCCGGACAGGGGCUGCGGCCCCUGGCUUGUCCUCCUCUGUGUUUGUGUCUCGGGCCAUCACAGUCCAGCGAACCUAGGCCGAGAGGAUGUACGGAACUGUUCCACCAACCCCCCGUACCUUCCAGGGACUGCAGUCAAUACCACAGUGCAGCUCACCGCACUCCGCCAGCAGAUGCGUGCCCACAAUGUCUUAGCGUACAUCAUCCCCGACACAGAUGCCCACAUGAGCGAGUAUAUUGGCGAACAUGACAAGAGGCGUGCAUGGAUGACAGGCUUCACGGGCUCUGCAGGAACUGCGGUGGUGACAAUGAACAAGGCAGCUGUCUGGACCGACAGUCGCUACUGGACCCAGGCUGAGCGGCAGAUGGACUGCAACUGGGAACUCCAUAAGGAAGUUGGUACUUCUUCCAUUAUCACCUGGCUCCUGGAUGAGGUUCCUGCGGGCGGGAAUAUCAGCUUCGACCCCUUCCUCUUCUCCAUUGCCUCCUGGGAGAGUUAUGACAUGGCCCUCCAAGGCUCUGGCAGAGAGCUAGUGUCCAUCACCACCAACCUUGUGGACCUGGUGUGGGGGUCACAGAGGCCCCCAGUUCCCAGCAUGCCCAUUUAUGCUCUGAAUAAGGAAUUCACAGGGAGUACCUGGCAAGAGAAAGUAAAUGGAAUACGCAGCCAGAUGCAGAAAAAUCGCAAGGCCCCAACUGCCGUUCUUCUGUCAGCGCUUGAUGAGACAGCCUGGCUCUUCAAUCUUCGGAGCAAUGACAUCCCCUAUAACCCUUUCUUCUAUUCCUACACGCUGCUCACCAACUCCUCCAUCAGUUUAUUUGCAGACAAGAAUCGUUUUAGCUUGGAGACCCUAAAGUACCUCAAUGCCAGCUGCACGGGUGCCAUGUGCGUGCAAAUUGAAGCAUAUAGCGAAGUCCGAGACAGAGUCCGUUCCUAUGCCUCGGGAAACGUGAAAAUCUGGAUUGGUGCCAGCUAUACAACCUACGGACUCUAUGAAGUGAUACCCAAGGAGAAGCUCGUAAUGGACACCUACUCCCCGGUGAUGAUGACCAAGGCGGUGAAGAACAGCAAGGAGCAGGCCCUACUCAAGGCCACCCACGUGCGGGAUGCAGUGGCCGUGAUCCGAUACUUAGUCUGGCUGGAGAAGAACGUGCCCAAAGGCACAGUGAAUGAAUUCUCAGGGGCAGAGGUGGUGGACAAGUUCCGAGGAGAAGAAGAGUUCUCCUCUGGAAUCAGUUUUGAAACCAUCUCUGCUACUGGUUUGAAUGCUGCCCUGGCCCACUACAGCCCAACCAAGGAACUGCACCGCAACCUGUCCACAAACGAGAUGUAUUUGCUGGAUUCCGGGGGCCAAUACUGGGAUGGAACCACAGACAUCACUAGAACAGUCCACUGGGGCACCCCCACUGAUUUCCAAAAGGAGGCGUAUACACGUGUGUUGAUGGGAAAUAUUGAUCUGUCCAGACUCAUCUUUCCUGCGUCUACAUCAGGGAGAAUGGUGGAAGCCUUUGCCCGCAAAGCCUUGUGGGACAUUGGACUCAAUUAUGGUCACGGGACUGGUCAUGGCAUUGGCAACUUCCUGUGUGUGCAUGAGUGGCCAGUGGGAUUCCAGUCCAACAACGUAGCCAUGGCCAAGGGCAUGUUCACUUCCAUUGAACCUGGCUUCUACCAGGAUGGAGAAUUUGGGAUCCGUAUUGAAGACGUGGCCCUCGUGGUAGAAGCAAAGACCAAGUAUCCAGGAAACUAUCUGACCUUUGAAGUAGUGUCCUUGGUGCCCUAUGCCCGGAAUCUCAUUGAUGUCAGCUUGCUGUCUCCAGAGCAGAUCCAGUACCUGAACCGCUACCAUCAGACCAUCCGUGAGAAGGUGGGCCCAGAGCUGCAGCGGCGCCAACUACAGGAUGAGUUCAGGUGGCUGCAGCAGCACACGGAGCCCCUGACUGGGAGUGCCCCACGCGCUGCCUCCUUGGCCUCGCUCUUGGUCGUCUACACUCUUGCCAUCCUUGGCUGGAGUGUCUAG